AUGCUGGAUUUUCAUGGAAAUUCUUACCUCAGCGGCAUGCAUAGCGCUCUCUACCAGGGUUGGAUGUGCUCCUUGGAACCUGCAGACGGACUGGCGCAGGCAGUUUCUUCUCUUUUCUCACUGGAGAAGUGCACUAUCACGAGUUCAGAAGGAUGGCUUCUCUUGGACAAAGCCAACGUUCCUGAUGCUGCAACCGCAGGGCACAGCCUGUGGGAUGAGUGUACAAACCCUCUUCUUGCCCAAGUUGAUCGUUUUGUCCUCUUUGGCGACCUGCAUAUUAGCGAAGCGACACUGCCAACCUGUCUCGAUGCCCUUUCCCUGGUGCAGCACUCAUGCAAACGCCAUACUACAUUCGUCCGCACAGCUAGCCGGAAAGUUCACGAUCCUCCCAGUGGAGAGGGCAAUCUGAAAACCCAGGAGCUGCCUGCUGCUGCUGUGUUCUUGGGAGAUUUCUGGCAUUCGCGUAUCGAGAGAAACCUCCACUGGGGCCUCCUCAGGCCUGUCCUCGAGUUCUGGGAGCAGUGGGACGUUCCAGUUGUACUGCUCCCUGGUAACCAUGACCAACUGUCCUACGAAGAAGGGCGCGAUUUGCUGCAGCCCUUAGAGAAGGCUGCUUCUCGAAGUCCUCUGGUAUUGGCGUUGAGACGGCCAACCCUGAUAAACAAAGAGCUUCUCUUCUUGCCGCAUAUUCGUGAGGCGAGCAAGCUGCAGCGCAUCAUGGCGCGGGCUAGACAGUGCAAGACACUCCGCGCCGUCUUCGGUCACCUGAGUAUUCGUGGAGCGUCGUUAAGUCCCUUUUCAGAGGAGAGCAGAUCUUUACUGAACGAGGGUAUAGACAUUGAUAUACUGCCAGAUGUGCAUGUAUAUUCUGGCCACAUACACACCCCGCAGCUCGUCGGCAAACAGGUUCGCUACGUGGGUUCGCUCUACCAGACAUCUCUAGCGGAGGCAUACCAGCGGAAGUGGCUCUAUACCAUUUCUAGGUCGCAUGACUUUGAAGUGGUAGACGAACAAGAGUCCGCAGUUGGUCCUAGACAUUUCCCUGUGAGAGAUCCGCGACUCCUGCCCCCACCGACAGCGCUGCGCCGUGGGGACAGAGUGAUUUUGUUGCCAAGCACCUCGGCUUUGGCUGAACUGCCUUGCAGCCAGACUCCUAUUCCGUCGUUCCCUCCUGAAGGAAGUGGAGGGCAGCCGCCAACACAGCUAGGCACAGAUGGCAACCAAGAAACGAUGGGAAAAUCAUCUGGAGCUUCCGCAGGUCUACAGGACUCCAGGAAUGAGAUAAUUUCUGGGAGCGAUCAUGCCAACAGCAGCUGCACUCAGCCGCCCAGCACAACUUUGGAAGCACGCAACAAUGGGCUAGGCACCACCUUGAAUGAGGUUUUGAUGGGCAGGAAGGAUGAGAUAAGCGCAGAGCAGCUCAUUCAAAUAUCUGAAGCCUACAGAGAAGCCGGUAAUACACUCCUUGAACAAGUGGCUGCGGAAGGGAGCCUAAUGCAGCAGUUCCAGAACUUGGCAGAUGUUGUUCCGACAGUAUUCGUGCUUGCUCGCAAGCAUCUUAAACACCCGCUUGAUGUCGGUCAUGCUCGCAGGCAUUUUGUUCGACUGCCGCAUUAG